AUAUGGACCCUACGGAAUUGGAUGACGAAGAAGAAGGCAUGUCCUAUGCAGAGAUGCUGAAGAGGGACCAGCGGAGGUGGGAGGUUGCAGAUGAGGACAAGGAUAAUGCCCUCAGCUUGGACGAGUUCACCAACUUCUUGCACCCAGAGGAGUCUGAGCGCAUGAGAGCAAUUGUUGUUCAGGAAACAAUGGAAGAUAUUGACAAGGACAAAGAUGGCAAAAUUUCUCUGGAAGAAUAUAUUGGAGACAUGUAUCACGGAGAUGAUGACGAGUUUGAACCAUCAUGGGUGAGCAACGAGAGAGAUCAGUUCCGUGAAUUCAGAGACAGGAACAAUGAUGGAUACCUGGAUGAGGAAGAGGUCCAGGGUUGGAUCAUCCCACCAGACUACAAUCAUGCUGACGCAGAAGCCAAGCACCUCAUUUAUGAAGCAGAUGAUAAUGCAGAUAAAAUGCUCACCAAGGAAGAAAUCUUGAAUAAGUAUGAUGUAUUUGUAGGUUCUCAAGCAACAGACUUCGGUGAAGCUCUUGUCAGACAUGAUGAGUUUUAAAAACAUUAGUGUUGAUAAGCUCCCAUAGAUACAGUGAUUAAAUGUACAAACUUGGUUACACAAGAGCUUCUUGAAACCUCGCCAACCAAGUUACGAACAAAUUUGUUUGGUGAUUUGAGAGGCAAGUAUAUGGACUUCAUUCUUUGCAUACCAGAAUUGAUUAAUAUUAUGCCAAGAGUAAAAGUCCUUUUAAAGAGACUUCUGUAUAUUUUGAUGAAUAUCUUCAAUACUAGUGAAGCAGUAUUGAUGACCGUUAUAGCUGUGAAGUCUUUUCACAGGAGAGAUGAGUGGUGGAACACAGCAAAUUAAUCUGGUUCCAGCAGUGUAAUUUGUAUGGAGUUUGGACUCUGUAUGCUAUUCAAGCUAGCAUAGCUUUUUCAUUUCUUACUCAAAACAUUGUAUUCUUUUCAAUCAUAUUGAUAUUGUUGAUAACCCUCUAAGGAUGGAUAAUUGCAGAUUUUCUGUAAGGAUUUAGUGAUACCCUCAGGUACCUAUGACUGGUAUUUAUCCUUACUAAAAAAUCUCUGAACAGUUUUAACUCUGUGGAAGAUCCAUAUUUAUGUACUGGAUAUAGUGAAACCAAUUCCAUUCGCGUCACUUUUUGCCAAGAGAUAAUGUUUCAGAGGGUUUUUUAUUUGGUGGUGACUGACUUUGCCAAAAAAAAAAAAAGUUUAUAAUGUUAUUCCAAGAAAUUUACAAAAUUCAACCAAUAUAUUUACCUGUAGUUAUUCAGUAAUUGUAAAGGAAUUCUAUUCCACAAAAUAUAACCACUAAAUUAAUAAAGGGAUUAAAUAUCAUUUCCUGUAGGGGUUCAUUAGGAUUUUUUGUAAUAAUGGCUUUAAUCUUAUUUAUUUAGUCAUGGAACUGUCACAAAUAUUUUGUAAAGAGGAAUCCAUAUAUUGUUCAAAAUUUAUCAGUUACCAAAUACUAUGAACAUUUUUCAUUGUGUACCAAGCAAUUUCAUCAUCAUUUUUGAAAGCCAAAAUAUUUUUUUAGUACU